AUGGCGAAGCAUCAAUACCAACCUCUCAUACCUGAACGCAAGAGGGUAUCGCAAAAAUCGCAACUCAAGGACUGGUGGUUGGGUGCCGUAGCAUUGCUAGGAUGGUCGUUACUCCUAGCGGCCGUUUACAUACAACACAACCCAUGGACCAACCCAGCAAUAGUCGCAUACACCUACGAUGACUUUGACAACAGAAGCUACGAAUGCGGCCACACCCCAGAGGAAGCCAUCUCCAAAGGCUGCCACUGGGAUCCUGUCAGCUUCGCAUGGCUACCAGAGCGGUGCCUCGACAGAGAACUGGCCGACGAACUCGUGAACCAUACUCAUUGGACGAUACAUGCCGACGAAAAUGGCACUAUUCCCAAGGCGCAGGAAGCCUUCGCCUCAAAUCAGUCUGACACCUAUUUGACUAAUGGUAACCAUGCUCUGCACUGCAUCUACUCUUGGCUUCGACUCCAUCGACUUCUUCUGGCCGGCAAGCAUUACCAUUCGGGAUUGUCGCUGGAUCACACGAGACAUUGUUCGAGGGUGCUCCAGGAAGCUAUGCAUCAAGAUCUGAACGAGGUUUCGACUACUGCGCUGGUAAUAUUGCCCGCCUGUUGA